UGCACAAUCUAGAAGCAAUGACAACACAACUCACUAGGGUUAACAAUUUUCAUUUAUUAUCUAGCAUUUUACAUUUAACUGCACUUCCACCACAACCACCCCCACCAUCAUCAUGGCUGAAGAGAAGAAGCACCACCACCACUUCCACCACGACAAGGACGAGGACAAGCUAGUCGAGGCAGUUUACUCCGACAGCGCCUACGGUACUGAGAAAUACGAGAAAGAAAAGAAGGAACAUAAGCACAAGGAACACCUCGGCGAGAUGGGCGCAACUGCUGCUGGUGCCUUUGCCCUGUAUGAGAAGCACGAGUCAAAGAAAGACCCCGAACAUGCCCACAAGCACAAGAUUGAAGAAGAAAUAGCAGCAACAGUUGGGGUUGGAGCCGGCGGAUAUGCAUUCCACGAGCAUCACGAGAAGAAGGAAGCCAACAAAGAAGAAGAAAGGGCUGAAGGAAAGAAGCAUCACCACCUCUUUUAACUAUUGCCAGUGCUUGAUUUCUAUGGUUUUAUGUUCUGCCUUAAAUAAUAUUUGUGUGUAACUAAGACUAUGGCUUCACCAGCAAAUGCCUAGUAUAGUAUAUAUGGUGUAGACUGGUAUUCCUGCAGUGUGGUUUGUAAUUACUUGGUGUUCAUUUUGCUCUAUAAAUGAGGACUUCACCUUUUAAUUAA